CUUUAGGAAAAUCUAUAAACAACUCGCAACCCACUUCUCUGGUCUGCUAAAACUUUCCACCUCUACAACAACUUCUCCUUCUGUUACAUGUGCUUUUGAGUACAAACAACAUCUAUACAAAACAAUCCUCGCAAGCAUCAGCUAAACGUAAAAGUAGACGUAUAAUACUUGUUCAUACUUGUUCUUACCUGCUGUUUUUUUGUUUGAGCCUAUAUUCUCUCUACUCGAUCGGUCGAGCUUCUAGCUAAGGACGAAUUAGUUGGAGAAGUGUUUGUUCUCGAUACUGCUAUUGAAAAAUGACUUUUGCAAAGUCUCUCGUCGCUGGGGCUGCUAGCCUCGUAAUGCAGCGCGCAUUGCUUCUCGUUGCCAUGGAUAAUUAUGUUGCUAGUCCGGCUGGUGCUGGGCUGAUUGUCCCGGCGCACGCGGCUCUCGUUGGCGGCCGGAGUGCUGGAAGAAAGCUCACAAAUCGGGCUAUGUCACGGGCCGAGGUAUCCGCAAGUUCUGGAUCUCCGCCGGCCCAGGUAGUGCCGGACACGAGCACCACCAGCUUUCGUUCCCUAAACGCACUGAAUCGACGAGAUGCCCCUGGAGCAAGCAAAUCGUCCGGGUUGGUGCGUCGAUCUCCGCUGGGAAGCGCCUCGGCGCCCGGCCGCGCUCGUCAAAGUACCAUUAUGGGCGGAGCACGUGGUAGUUUUUUACCACCUAUUAAAGAAGAUGAUUUGUACGAGGACCAACUCGACACUAGUCCCUUCGCAGGAGGUCCGGGAACAACCGUCGAGGAGGAGUAUGGAUUGCAAAUAUGUCUGGGUCUGGAUGGAUGCGCGAUUUGUCAUGCAGCUUUUCCGUGCCCCAUGGGGUCUGGAAUGCAGGACCUAGCAUGACAGAGUCUGCGAGGUCUCUGCCAUGCCUAUCCCGCAUGAGAAACUUCCUCCCAACUUGGUCGAAAGUGGACAGCUUUUGGCACUCAUGCAACACAGAUUUUUGCAUUAUUCGGAUUUAGCAUGACAAGUUUUAAUCUACUUCCAGACCCAGACACUUUUGCACUUGAUAAGGAGCGUCCUGUUGCAACUCGUCCGGGACGAGAGGAUUAUAUCGGAGCUGCUCGGGGGCCCCUAUCAAAUGCAAAUAUCGAUCUGGGUCUGGAAGGAUCCAAGGUUUCUUGUCAUGCACAUUUUGCAUGACUCCUGAUCGAUCUGUGAUGCAUGCCCUAGCAUCACAGAUCAUUUUAUGAGGGCUUCCUGGUGAUGCCUAUAGAUUUAGAUACCGCGUAACAAAUUCCCUUUCCGUGUAGCAAAAAUUGCACUCUCUUUGCUGCUCAUGCAAUGCAGAUUUUUUUAGAAUCCAAAUGCAGCAUCACAAGUUCCAACUUUCCAGACGCAGACAUUUUUGCAAUCCAUAGCCCCCUUGCCCCAGCAACUCCUCGGCUCCUUCUUCUACAACGGGAAGCCAAUCGCCCGGGCUGUUGAUGCCUCGAUCUUCUCCGCCGGGGGCCCAGGUGCAGCCGGGGGCCCCGAGCACCAGUGCCGCGUCGUCCGACCGCGGGGCAAAAUCCCCCCAGUUCCUCCGCAACCAAGACUUGCUCAAGGGCCACCUCCCCAGCCAAGACUUGGAACAGGCUCGGCAAAUCUUGGUUGAGUGUCGGGAACUAUCGCGGGAAAAUCAAUUGCAUUUGCAAUUCCGCCCUCAAGACUUGGUCGAGCUUCGGGAAAUCUUGGUCAAGAAAAGGGAAUCAAUUCCCCAAGAAGAUUAUCAAAUGCAAAAAUGUCUGGGUCUGGAAACUUGUGAUGCUGGGUGUCGUCUCAUGAUGAGGCCACAAAUGCUGGCUCGGCAUGACAAGUCUCUCAGCUUCUAGGUGUUGCCUAUCCUGCAUGACAAACUGCGUUUCUGCAUCGCAGAAAAAUGGAGCUCUUGGGUAACGUGCAUGACAGAUUUGAGAGUCAUCAUGCCAGACAAGCAUGACAAACAUGCACUCUUCCAGACCCAGACAUUUUUACAUUUGAUAAAGAUUCUCAGCCGGCGCAGAUAUUCCGUGUAAAAACGUUCCCACGACCUCCCUAGAGUCAAGAUGGGACGAAGAAAGCUGCUACGUACACAAAUCAACAAGAUGAAGAUUUGCAUUUGGCUUUUGCACGUAACAAGUUGGAUGGGCUCGCAGUGUAGUAAUGCUCGAUUUAUUAGCUGGUACUACAGCAGUUGCAGUAUCGCAAAAAACCUCUUUCGAGCAUCGCAAAUUUUUCCAAAACAGGACUUAGAAAAUGCUUCUCAUGGGGCCCCGCAUGAGAAACGUUUUCAGCACGCAGCUUCGCAUGACAACUCUGGUGAUGUGGGAACGUUUUUCCUCUUGAUAGCAGAUGGUUGACCUACCGGAACGUCCUCCCUUCCGUUUCCCCGGUGAGGGCGACAAUGUGGGCAAGAACGCCAUUUUAUCCUCAGCAAAAAAGUCUUCACUUCAUAGCCAAGAUGGGAAAUCUGCUAGACAAAUCAGCCAGGUCUGGUUGUUGCGCGUGACAGGUUUGGUCUCGUAGUGUAGUCCUCUUUAGCUUGUUCAGCGGCGUCACAGAUCCAGCACAUUAUGCUGGUUGGAGCGCUGCAAAUCCAAACUCCAAAGCACCACCACAAGAAAAUACGUCUCAUGGGACUCCGCAUAAGAAAGAUUUUGAGCACGCAAAAUUGCAUGACAGCUAUGGGAUGGGGACGUUUUUACAUAGGAUACAUUUGCGGCAGUCGUGCAAAAGCACUUAUCGCUCCAAAGGAACCAAAGCAUCCAAAAGGGAUAAAGGCCCCGAUGGAUAUCGGCUACUUGGGAACGCUCAAUGGUAGCACGGUUUCCCUUGCCUACCAAAAACAAGGAGCUGUAUGCAUUGCAAAUAUCUCUGGAUCAUGUCUGGAAGGAUGCAAACUUGUGUAUGCAGAUUCUGGAACAGGCAAAAAUCUGUGUUACACGGUCAGUAAAAGGCGGGCGAUUUUUGUCUCAGGGCGAGAGUAUUUCUCGAUCUCCAUCUCGUGCAGUAGAGAACUACGCACCAUGAAAAAGCCUCCUGCCAUGACUUUGUCAUGCUCUGCGGGCACUCCAGGUGGCCUCUUUGCAGAUGCAAAAGCUGCGUGACAUCUCUCCCAGACGACCCAGAGGACAUGUUUGCAUUUGAUAACAUGUCCCGGUCACCAACUGGUUUGCACGGGGGCGCCCUGCCAAUAUCUUUCGACGUGACUGA